CAACAACAAUAACAUUUUGGGAAUGGAAAUAUUUUGUGAUAUUAAUAAAUAUACAAUUUAGCUAGGAACGUUACUGUUCUUAGCUUAUUCUUCUCAAUAAAUUACUUAUCAAAAUGCUUCAAAACAGGUGACAAUACGAAGAAUCAAAAAUUAUUUAAAGUUUUAUUCAUGGGUUGUGCUGCUUCGGUUGUUAGCCACAUGAUGAUGUUGUUUGGGCGGAGUUCUCAGAAUUCACAGGAAUCAAAGAUAAGACUGGAACGUAAACUUUAUAUUGCUAAAGAAUCACCAGAUCCGGAAUUCGAUUUAUCAGAAUGUGAUUUGUUACUUGUGCCCUCUGGAAUUUAUUCAGUGUGUAAAGUUUAUCGCAAAGAUUAUCUUUACUUGCAGAAUAAUAGACUGCAGUCAUUAGCAGAGGGUGGACAACUAUCAGAUUUACACCUUAUUAAAAUACUAAAUCUUAGCCAUAACAACUUCUUAAACUUACCAAAAGACAUAAGGUUUUUAAUCAAUCUUACUGAACUGUACCUUCAAAACAACUUACUAAAUCAUAUACCAGAUGAAAUAAAGUUUCUUAGUUCAUUACAAAUAUUGGAUUUGUCAAAAAAUAACUUAAAAUCUCUUAAUCCUGCUAUUGGUGAGCUACAAUGUUUGAGAAGACUUAUUAUAACCGAUAACAUUGCACUUCAGAAACUGUGUGUAGAAUUAUGUCAUGCUACUAAUCUUUUGUCUUUGGAGUUUGAUAGAGAUAAUUUUAUAUUUCCACCACCAGAGGUUUGUAUGAAUGGAACAGAAGAAGUGAUGAAAUUUCUUUGUGCUCAAGCAAAAAUUGAAUAUGUUAAACCUUUACCUUUAAAUGUUGAUGUAGUCCAAGAACAGGGUCCAAAUAUUAUUAAUGAUCCUUUUUUGAAACCCAAAAUAAGCUGGGAACAACAAGAAGAAGUAGGAAAGGCGAAAGAAAAUCAAAUCCAAAGAGCUUACCAGCAACAGAGAGAGAAGUUUUUAUCACACAUUUUACAAGACCAAUCAAAUUUAGAUGUAGAGAUAGUGAAGGUUCAGGAGAUUAGAGAUGUUGCAAGGAAAAAGUUGAUACAAGCAAUACAAAAAAAUGAACAAGACAUUGAAUGUUUAGUGAAAAACUUCAUUGAAUCUGACAGAUUAAAACCUGAAGUCAUACAGCAACAGCUUGCUCAUGAACAGUUGGAACACAAUCAUCUUUUAGAACUAACAAGACAAAACUAUGAUAAUAUCAGGAAAAAUGAUAUAUUGAAGGCAAUGGAACAACUACUCAGCGAGAAUCAUUUAAUAGAUAAACAAGUUUUAUACAAGGAUAACUUGAACAACAUUAAACAGAACAUGCUUAUACAGGAAACUGAGAUUGAUGGCAAGUUGGCACUGUUGCUCAGGGCUAAAGAUGAAUCCCAUGAUUGUCUUGUUAUGCAACUUUUAGAAGAUCAAGAUAUUCAGAAAACAAUGGUAGCUUCAUUGUUAGAUCAAGUUGAUGCAAGAUGUUGGAGUUUGAAUCAAGAAAUAUUAUUAAUAUCAUCACAUUUAGCUAGACUUAGCACAAUUGAACAGGAAAAAAAGAAAAUGAAUCUUAUGUACAAUUACAAUGAACUCUUAUAUCAAAGAACACAGUUAUUAAAUUUACUGGACGACCUUUUUGAACAAAGAAAGAAAAGACGAAAGCAAUUGAUUGAUACAAUGAAUGAAGCACAAAAUGAAAGUAAUUUUAAGACUGACUUUUGGCUAAGAAGCUAUCAGAGAUUACUAGAUACAGCUCCAAAACCUUUACUUGACAUUGGGAAAACAUUGGAUCCAUUACUAGCCAAUUUGCUUUUGCAAGAAGGUGUGAUACAUUGUUUGCCUUUUCUUGUCAAUUUUAUAUUUUCAGGUAAGUCUCUGUCGACUAUAAACCAUGAGAGCUUAAUGAAAUGUGGAGUAUCGUUGAAGGUUGACAGGGAUAAUAUAAUGAAGGCUCUAAAUGACUAUGCUAAUGUAGAAAUUAAUGACAAUUUCAAAAAAGCUACUGAUACAAUGCCACAAAGUAUCCCAACGGUAAUUGAGGAUAAGCACAUCCUGUCUGGAGUUGUUAGUACACAGGAAAUUGACAAUAUAGCUCAAGAUGCGGAGUGUGUUAUCUGCAUGGAGAACAAAUCGCAAGUUGUCUUUGUGCCUUGUGGUCACAUGUGCUGUUGUCAGUCCUGUGCCCAAAAGAAUAUUACUAAUUGCCCCAUGUGUAGAGGAGAUAUAGAACGAACAAUCAAAGUUUUAAUUGCAUAAUUAUUAUGAUAUUAUUGUUAGAUAUUACUUUUUUGCACCACAUGUAUUUUAUAAUAUCUUCUUGUUAAUUAAAUAACAUGCCAUUAU